AUGGAUUAUUAAGAAUUGUAUGAUUUGAGAAAAAAACUUGUUGAUUGGAAAAAGUUUCCUACAGAAACCAUUAAUAUUUUGAAAUAAUUAGAAUAAUCUCCACUUGAUUGGGAUUCUGUUAAUAAAUCAAAAAUAUAAAAAACUUUGCAUACUCUAACAAUUAUAGAUGAUAAAAACAAUCUUUAAAUUACUACUAUUAAAGCAAAAGCUUCAGCUUUAUAAGAUCGUUUUAAAAGACUCUCUUAAGCUUAGGAUAUUCAAAGAACAUAAUAAAAUCAAUAAAAUUAAUCUAUUGAAGAAAUCAAGGUCUAAAAGUAAAAUAGUAUUUAGAGUAUUUAAAGCAGCAAAUCAUUACCUGAUAUAGAACUUUUUGUCAAUUAUAAAAUACCCUAUCCAGCUUAUGCUGAUAGACUGAAAUACCUAAAUGGAAUAAGCAAAAUGUUUAUUGCAAAUAUUUUGACCUUUAAAAAAGAUAAUGAUUUAAAUGAUUAAGAUUAUUAAACUAUAAAAGAAUGUGUGGAGAUAAUGGAGAAAACCAUCUAUUAUAAAAGAAGCUCAGAAAAUAGUUCUAAAAAAGCUUAUGAAUAAGAUUUGAGAAUUUUAGCGGGCUUUUUGAAGAAAGAUAAGAAUGGAUCUUUAACUUAUAGAAUUUUUACAAAAGCUUUUGAUCCUAUUUAUGCAGCUUAAUUAAGGUAUAAAAAAUAAUUAAAUAAUAUAUAGAGCAGCUGAUUGGGUUGAUGACGAAACUAAAUAAGAAUAGGCAAGAAUAAUUAAAGAGAAAAUGGAAGCAGAAUAAAUAGGUUUUUAUAAGGAUUUGAGUAAAAGAGAGAUGGAAGGAGUAGAAGGAAAGACUUGUAAAGGAUGUGGACAAAAAAAAGUAUAUCUUGUUGAUGAAAAAUAAACUCGUGCAUCAGAUGAACCAACAACGAAAUUCUUUGAAUGUUAUAAUUGUGGAGACAAAUUUAGAAUCUGUUGAUUAAAAACAGUCAUAUUUAUAUCUAGC